UCAACUACGACACAUGAACUUAGCCAAGUGGAAGGGAAACACAAGCUAACAUCGGCUAACAUUAGCCUGGAUUCAAGUCAGUUGACGUUAGCUGCUGUAGGACGCCGGGACAAACAAUAGCAGUCAACAUAGCACAACAGGCUGGUGACUAGACUGUAACGAAGCGCUCACUUUUAAGCCCAACCCGAUACGAAACAUAAAACGACACAAUGUAAUGUCUUACCCCUUCAACGGAUAAAUACAUUCGUCUGUGUGAGUGCUGGAUAUAGUCAGGCGAAGCUUCCUUGAUGACGACCAACGCAAAAAACAAAGAUGCCUUCAGCGUUCCUCUGCAGACAGACCCCACCUUUGGGUCCGAUGCCAAACGAAGAGAUGAUUGACGUCCAAAGCCUGGAGUCAAAGGAGAGGUAUCGCAGCUACACUCGUUACUUGAAACAAGCAGAGGAGGCAAAGAACCAACCCGCCUGGUGGAAGACCUACAAGAGCUACGUGGACAGAAGUGACCCCGAGCACGAUGCAGAAAAGGUAGACAUUGGACUUCCGUACUGUCGACCUGGCAGGACCAAAGAAGCGAGGGAGAGGAGGCAGGUGAUGAAGGAGAACAAGAAGAACGUCGAGCUUGAGAGGGCUUGUCGCCUGCGCACUUAUAAGAUCCCCCUGGAUCGAGUGCUGGAAACCUGGGAGAAGAGCAGCAGUGCGUUUCAUAUAAGGAGACUGGCCGACCACUACGGGGUCUUCAGGGAUCUCUUCCCCAUGGCAUAUUUCCUACCUCAGGUCCCACUCCGGAUCUACUAUAGCCAGGACAACAGUGGUCAAGUGCAUUAUGGGAAUCGGCUAACGCCAACAGAAGCAGCUUCUGUCCCUCAAAUCGGCUUUGACGCGGAGGAGGGCUCCCUGUGGACCCUUCUGCUCACAUGUCCAGAUGAGCAUCUUCUGGACAAUGAGGCAGAAUAUGUCCACUGGCUAGUAGGGAACAUACCGGGCGGAGCAGUGCAGGCCGGGGAAGAGUUGUGUCACUACCUGCCCCCCUUCCCUGCCAGAGGAACGGGCUUCCACCGCUACAUUUAUGUCCUCUUCAAGCAAGAGGGGCCCAUCAACUUCCAGGAGGAUGUCAGGCCGUCGCCAUGCCAUUCUCUGGUGGAUCGCUCUUUCAAGACGACGGAUUUCUACAGAAAGCACCAGGACAACAUGACACCUGCAGGUUUGGCCUUCUUCCAGUGCCAGUGGGACGAGUCUGUCACCGAAACCUUUCACACCACACUAGACAUGAGGGAGCCAGUGUUUGAGUUCAUCCGGCCUCCAGUGUACCACCCUCCACAGGUCAAAUACCCUCAUCGACAGCCCCUUCGCUACAUGGACAGAUACCGGGAUGGCAAGGAGCACAGCUAUGGAAUAUAUUGACAAGUUGAUGAAACGCAUUUCCUUGCAAAUGUCACGUUUGGCAUAUUUAUGUGAAAAAUACAUUUUUAAAAAUGUUUCCCAACUGUGCUGAGUUUGAAUUAUUUUAAAAGCUGCCAAAUAUGUUUUUAGUCCUCUUGGUCUGUUUUUUAGUUGGAAACUGAAAAUGGAUGGAUGGAUGGAUAGGAAAACUCCACAUAUUUAUAGGUCUUUUUAAAUUGAAGGAUAAAAAUCCGAAAAGGACAGAAAAACACAGACAUAAAUUGAACAUCAAUCAUCAUCUUCCAUAUUGAACCUGCUAUAACAAUUGUAUUUAUAUCAUCCCUUACCACUAUUUUAUUUUCAAUUCAUCCUGGCUAAAACAAAUUGCAGAACAGAAAACCCCCUAUUAUGUCCUUCAAGACCAUUAAAUCAUAAUAAACAAAAUAUUGCUGACUCA